GUACCUUUGCCUUUCCCAUUUACUCCUUCGUCUCCUCCUCAGUUCUAAAAGCUCUCUCUCUCUCUCAGUUUUCUGUUUUCUAUUUUCAAAUCCAACCACUGUACUCAAAACCCCAGGUCAACAACAACCCGAAGAAGCUGCUUCUGCUUCUUUCUUUCUUUCUUUCUUUCUUUCAGAUAUACUUAUUUCAAGACUUCCAAAUUCCAAAGGAGUGAACUAGAAUUGAAUUUUUGAAAUUUCUAUUCCUUUUUCAUUUUCUAUUUCGAUUUCUAAAAUGGUUUGAAGUGGAGUCUCUCUGUCUCUCUCUGUUUCUACCCAUACAUACAUACAAUAUAGAUAUACAUAUACAACAGCUAUCAGCAGCAGCAAAUCCCAGGGAGGGAGGGAGAUAGGAAGAAUUAGCUUUGCUAGAAUGGCGGCGUCGGAAAACCUGGCGGGCAUCGAGCCCUGGAGCCUCAGACCCACGACCUUGGCGGACUCUUGGAUCUCCGAAGCGUUCGCUCGCGACACCGAGACACUCACGAGAGCCCUGCAGAAGUCCUUUUCCAACAGCAACACCGAAGCCUUUGAUCAUUCCGAUACCAUCUCUCCGUUUAUCAAGCCCGAAACUGUACAGACCCCAACCGUUUCUGGACUCUCGGGCUCGGAUCCCGAAACGGCAGCCCAUAAACGACAGCGUAGCGCAAUCCCCCCAACUGCAGGGGGCAAGGUUUCAAAAAGGAAGUCUCGCGCAUCGAAGAAGUCUCAGACGACGUUUAUAACGGCGGACCCGGCCAACUUCCGGCAGAUGGUGCAACAGGUAACCGGUGUGAGGUUCGGUAACACGCAGGUCCCGAUGCCGCCGAUGAUACUGAAACCGGAGCCUCAAAGGCCUGGUCACCGGUUGCCUGGAGGCGGGUGCUUGCCGACCCUCGAUACGUCGGCGUUCCUGCUUGACCAUCAUUUGCAGCAGGUAGCGGUGACUGGAGCAGCAGCUGGAGGGAAUGUAUCCGGCGUGCCCGACGGUGGUGCUUUGGAUUUUGACACUUUCCCUAGCUUUCCGACUCUCGAGUCGUGGAAAGUCAUGUGAUCCAUCCAUCCAUCCAUCCAUCUUUAGUUAAUUGUCGUCCUUCUAAUUUAAUUUUUAAGAUUAUUAUGUUUUUAUCUUUUUCUUUAUUAUCCAUACCUUUCCUUUCCUUGUAUUUGUAUUAUUAGCAUCAUCCGAGGAGGAGUGGAGGGUCUAGGAUCAGGAUCGGUGGAUAUGCUUGUUUAUAUAUGUAUAUGUAAGUGGGACUGGAAUGGAAUGGAUGUUGGCCGCGCCGUCUGUGUCCGGCUGUUUUUUAAUA